GAGACGGGACAAGUAGCUUUAUUGGAAGAAACUUUGGAAGUUCAACAGGAUUUUUUAUUCGAUGAAUUUCGACUACCAAAAAUUCGCAAAGCUAUGCUUCAAAGGACGAUGGCUUGAAAAGGUAACGAUACCGCUGCAUCCGCUCGACGCAGGUAGUAGCAGUGGAUUAACUUUUACCUCACCAAAAUGGCCUACCAAUCCAAGGGGUGUAGUUCAACAAAUCACUUCCAGAUCACCUCUCCAUUUCGCAAGCAGCUUUUUCUAUCCUGAAAUCAAACACCUUCCACCGAUAGCUCAUGUUACAUUUACUAAGAUCAAAGUAUACAACAAUCACAACAACGUGCACAAAAUGGUGAAGAAACUCAAAUAUAAGCACCGUACGAAAUUACUUAAAAAACUUAAAUACCAGUCAAACGUUGGAAACACUGAACAUAUGAAUCAUACCAAUAAAACUCUCACUGAUACAGAUUGUCGGGUUAGCGAGUGGUCGGCCUGGAGUCCUUGCAGCAAGACAUGUGGCCUUGGUAAAAGAAAUCGUACACGUAACAUUAUACGAGAACAGCAUCUUGGUGGAGUUGAAUGUCCGGUGUUAGUCGAAACACAGUGGUGUGGCUCGGCUCGCCAGUGUUCAGUGUUGGACAGCUACUUUAAAUGGUGAAGGUUGAAAAUAAUUAAUUGUAUUGGAACUACAAACACAACGUGCAUAGUGUAGUAUGGUUACAUUUAAAAUGCAGCAUAAAUUGGUUUAGAAGGCAAAUUUGAUGUAUGUAAGAAAUACUUGUCGACCAAUCAGUUACCAUUCUGGUUUUGAACAAAUAUAGUUCACUCAAAAAUAAAACAACCUGUGUUAUAUUUGGGAUAGCUUGGCUACCCAGCUGCAUACAUCACUCACUAAAAUGAGGCAGUACAUAGGGUACAGGGUUUCACACUUUAUCUCAAGACCGCGGGACCCCUUCCCGAAUUUUU